CGGCGGGGCCGGGCCAUGGGGGACGGAGCCGUCUGCAGCCACGGGAGCCGGGAACCCAGCCCGAGCUGGAGCGGUGCCCCCUGCUGAGCCCCGAGCGCCGGCCCCGCCCUAAGGCACCUCGCAGCCUGGCCGCCAGCCUGACCCAGAACCCCUGCCCCGGAGGGAGGGGUGGGAAUGUUUGCACGUGGGGCCGGGCGUCCGAGCUGCCCGGGAGCCUGCAUGCAUGGCUGUGUACGUCGAGGAGCAGCGGCUUUGUUUGUGAGUGUGUGACUCUGCGUUACUGUUACUGUUACUGUCACUGGGGUGUGUCUGUGACUCCAUGUAGUUCUCAGUGUGUGUGGGUGCAGGUGACUUUAGCUGGGACCCACGGUGGCUGUGGUUGUGUGGUGCUGUGUAUCUCUGAGUGAGACCCAGCCCCCAGAAGUGCUGCUCUGUUGGAACCCCAGCUGGAGCCAUGGCCCAAGACCCUUCCCUGGCAUGCUGGUACUGGACGGGUCUCCAGGGCCUAGGCGUUCCUUCUUCCCGGAAUCAGAACCAGCCGGCAGCCGGAUGCCCGGGCCCACUGGGCGGGCCGGCGGCCGCCUGCGGGAUGAGCAGACUGCUGGGGGGGACGCUGGAGCGCGUGUGCAAGGCCGUGCUCCUCCUCUGCCUGCUGCACUUUCUUGUGGCCGUCAUCCUCUACUUUGACGUCUACGCCCAGCACCUGGCCUUCUUCAGCCGCUUCAGUGCCCGUGGCCCUGCCCGGGCCCUCCACCCAGCUGCCAGCAGCAGCACCAACUUCUCUCGGCCCAACGCUACCACCCCCAGCUCGGGGCUCCCCGAGGCUCCCAGCGCCCGGCCCGGCCCCACGGCUCCUGUCCUGCCUCCCUGUCCUGACUCGCCGCCAGGCCUUGUGGGCCGACUGCUGAUUGAGUUCACCUCGCCCAUGCCGCUGGAGCGGGUGCAGAGGGAGAACCCGGGCGUGCUCCUGGGCGGCCGCUAUGCGCCCCCCGACUGCAUGCCGGCCCAGACGGUGGCAGUCAUCAUCCCCUUCCGGCACCGAGAGCACCACCUGCGCUACUGGCUCCACUACCUGCACCCCAUCCUGAGGCGACAGCGGCUGCGCUAUGGCGUCUACGUCAUCAACCAGCACGGCGAGGACACCUUCAACCGGGCCAAGCUGCUCAACGUAGGCUUCCUGGAGGCGCUGAAAGAGGAUGCCACCUAUGACUGCUUCAUCUUCAGCGACGUGGACCUGGUCCCCAUGGAUGACCGCAACCUGUACCGCUGUGGUGACCAGCCCCGCCACUUUGCCAUUGCCAUGGACAAGUUCGGUUUCCGGCUGCCCUAUGCCGGCUACUUCGGAGGUGUGUCAGGCCUGAGUAAAGCCCAGUUUCUGAGAAUCAACGGCUUCCCCAACGAGUACUGGGGCUGGGGUGGCGAGGAUGACGACAUCUUCAACCGGAUCUCCCUGACUGGGAUGAAGAUCUCGCGCCCAGACAUCCGCAUAGGCCGCUACCGCAUGAUCAAGCACGACCGGGACAAGCAUAACGAGCCCAACCCGCAGAGGUUUACCAAGAUUCAAAACACGAAGCUGACCAUGAAGCGGGAUGGCAUCGGGUCAGUGCGGUACCAGGUCUUGGAGGUGUCUCGGCAACCACUCUUCACCAAUAUCACAGUGGACAUUGGGCGGCCCCCGUCAUGGCCCCCCCGGGGCUGAUACUAACGGACAAAGGCUCCCAGUGCCAAGGAUUGCCUGCCAGAGGAUGGACCUCGAUAGCCUGGCUGGCGGCUACUCUGUGGGACCCCCCAGGACUGAGACUGUGGGCUCUGUUUUCGGAGGGUCUUCCAUAGGCACCCCCAGCUGCACCUGGAAGUUUCAGAACCUACUUUGGGGGACUUCCAACCUGGGCAAGCCCCUCCAGUGUGGCCCUCUCUGGGGUCAACCCUUCUUCCUGCCCCUCCCACCCCAGCCCAGCCUUCCCUCACUGUCAGGGUCGGGCCAGCCCCUGCACUGCCUCACCAAGUGGCCUGGGCUAGGUCACUCCACCUCUCUGUGCCUCAGUUUCUCCCCCCUUGAGUCCCCUAGGGCCUGGACGAGUGGGAGGUACAACUAGGGGGCAGUGUAGCUUCCAGGGGGAAUUCUCAGACCUGGGGAUCCCCCAUGCUCCCAGGGGAGGGGAAACCUUUUUCAUUCAACAUUGUAGGGGCAAACUCUGGUGCGCCCCCUGCUGAGGAGCAGCCCCAGGAGGGGACCAGAGAGGGUGCUGUGUCGCUGCCUGGGAUCUUGAGGUUGGGCUUUUGCAUGGGGGGGCGGGUGGGGCUUAGAUCAGUCAGUCUGGUUCCCGCCUCCCUGUCUCAGAGAGAAGGCAGUAGCCCCAGGGCCGGCUCGUUGUUUGUACAUUGCACAGAAACUUGUGUGGGUGCUUUAGUAAAAAACGUGAAUGGAGCA